AUGACUGAGAAGAGGCCCAACUUCCUCGUCAUCGUCGCCGACGACCUCGGCUUCUCGGACUGCGGCUGCUUCGGCUCGGAGAUCGAGACGCCAAACAUCGACGCCCUGGCCGCGGAUGCGGCGGGCACGCGCUUCACAAACUUCCACGUCGCGUCCAUGUGUUCGCCGACGCGGUCCAUGCUCAUGACUGGAACGGACAACCACAUCGCCGGCCUCGGCUCGCUCGCGGAGCUGGUCCGCCAGUCCCCGGCGCACCAGGGAAAGCCUGGGCACGAGGGGUAUCUGAACGACAAGGUCGUGGCGCUGCCCGAGUUGCUGAGAGAUGGCGGCUACUACACGGUCAUGGCCGGGAAGUGGCACUUGGGCCUGAAGAAAGAGCAUAGCCCGCAGGCGAGGGGGUUCAAGAGGUCGUUUGCGCUGCUGCCGGGCGCGGCGAACCAUUAUGGCUACGAGCCCCAGUACGAAGACCCCAUCAACCAACCGGGCCCCUUCUUCGACUCGGUCACUCGCGCACUGCACAUCGAAGACUCCGAAUACGUCGAGCAGCUCCCCUCCGACUUCUACUCGUCCGACUACUACGCCACCAAACUCAUCUCCUACCUAUCCUCCGAACGCACCGCGGACGAAAAAGCCCAACCCUUCUUCGCCUACCUCCCCUUCUCCGCGCCCCACUGGCCCCUGCAAGCCCCGGCCUCCGUCAUGGCCAAGUACCGCGGCCGCUACGCCGACGGACCCGCGGCACUCCGCCUCCGCCGCCUCGCCCGCCUGCGCGAGCUCGGCCUCGUGCCCGACGACGUCCGCCCGCACGACGUCGUCGCCGUCAAGGGCGAGCCCGCGGCGUGGGAGGACAUGGACGCCGACACCCGCGCCAAGAGCGCGCGCGCGAUGGAGGCGUACGCGGCGAUGGUGGAUCGGAUGGACUGGAACAUCGGGCGGGUGAUUGCGCACCUGAAGGAGACGGGGGAGUAUGAGAAUACGUGUAUCCUCUUCAUGAGCGAUAAUGGCGCGGAAGGCGCCAGCAUCGAGGCGCGGCCGGUGCUGGGGGAACAUGUGUUGAAGCACCUCGAGAAGUAUUAUGAUAACUCGCUUGAGAAUAUUGGCCGCAAGGACUCGUUUGUUUGGUACGGCACCAGGUGGGCGCAGGCGGCGACGGCGCCGAGUCGCCUGCACAAGCGCUUUAGUACCGAGGGCGGCUGCCGCGUGCCGCUCGUGCUGAAGCCCGCGGGUGGUGGUGGGGGGUCCGCGGCGAGCGGCGGGAAGGUGGCGAGUGCGUUUUGCACCGUCAUGGACAUCGUGCCGACGUUCUUGGAGCUGGCGGGAUUGAAGCACCCCGGGACGGAGUAUAAGGGGAGGACGAUCGCGCCGGUCCGCGGAGCCAGCUGGGCGCGGUUCAUCGAGAAGGUCAAGGCGUCGUCGGAUGAGGCGGUCGUGGGGGAGACGGUGCAUCCGCCGGACUACGUCGUUGGGUUCGAGGUCGCGGGCAGCGCGGGGCUGAUCAGGGGCAGGUGGAAGCUGACGUACGUGCCGUUGCCCAAGGGGCCGCAGCGCUGGGAACUGUUCGAUUUGGAGAGGGAUCCGGGCGAGACGGAGGAUCUGAAAGAGAGGGAGCCGCAGGUGUUUGAGGAGCUAUUGGCGGAGUGGGAGAAGUACAAGAAGGAGGUCGGCGUCGUGGGGCUGGCGGGCGAGUUGGACGGCAUCGCGCCGAAUGAGGAUGAGUUUGAGGACUCGACCAAGUGGAUUAGGUGGAUUGGGAAGAAGAACUUGCCGCCGCAGCUUGUUGGGAAGGUGCCCGUUUGA